AUGGACUUCAAGAUGCUCAGUCGUGUUUUAUAUGCAAAUGAUGUUACAAUUUUCUAUCGCGUUAGUGACGCUAGUUUAACUGCUCUAAUAAUGUUUUUCCUUGAUUACGAUAAUGCUUCUAGGAAAGUAACCAGUAAUGAUAAGUCUAAACUUUACACAAGAUCUAUACCUCCGGCUAGAGCUUCUGCAUUUUCAACUCUUCUUGGAUUUCAUUCAGGCCAACUUCCCUUUAUCUAUUUAGGUGUUCCUAUUUUCAAAGGAAAACCUCAUAAGGUGCAUCUAAUGCCUAUUGGUGAUCGUAUUAAAGCCAAACUUUUAGCUUGGAAAGGAAAAAUUCUAUCUAUAAAUGAAAAAGUGGUGACAAUAGUUUGGAAAAAAGUUUUCCAACCCACUGAAAAUAGUGGUAUGGGUUUGCAUUCUAUAAUGGCCAUCAAUAGUGUUGGGUUGUUGAAGCUUUCAUGGGAUUUUAUAUCUUCGGGAACUCAUUGGUCUAAACUAAUGCAUAGUAGAGUUCUUUGA